UUUAUGGUGGUGUCAAGGGUCAUUAAGUAUACAGUUAAAAAUGGAACUCUCGGUGUCAGCCAGUCGGGAAAGGCAGGGAUCCUCCGUAUUUCUUUUCAACAGCUUUGUCAGGAGUCUGCGGAAAUUCCUCAACGAGACAGGUCUGCAUGGCCUCAAAUUUGUGGGGGACCCGAAUCUCAGCAGUUGGGAGAGAUCAUUUUUCUUUGGCUCCUUUGUAACUGCUCUUAUAAUCACAGUACACCUUAUAUCGAAUAUCUAUGUCAAGUGGGAUAGCACUCCGGUGAUAAUUGGCAUCAGCCCACAUGCCACCUCCAUUUUAAAGGUACCCUUCCCGGCUAUAACCAUAUGCAAUAUGAACCAGGUGCAAAGGAGUCUGGUGGCCAAUUACAGAGAGGGUUCCAACGAGAGCGCCCUUUUAAAGUUCUUGUGCGACUCCGGUAGCUGACAGUCUAAUGAGCUUGAUGAAGAGCCUACCGUUACAAAUUUGGACAGGAACAACUUGACAAUAUCCGAAUUCGUCUCAAAUCACUCGCAGUCCUGUGAGAGAAUGUUGCUCUUCUGUAAAUUCAGUGCCAUGGAGCGGAAUUGUUCGCAUCUGUUCCAGCAGAUCCUGACGGACGAGGGACUGUGCUGCGUAUUUAAUUUGCAGUCGCUUGAAAAUCUCUACAAGUCAUAUUCAAAUAGUGGUCGAAAUGUGACGACUGCAGAUGGUUUCGAAAGUGUCAAGUGGGAUCCGGAGUCAGGUUAUCCUGAAAAAUUACCUCCAAAGUUUUAUCCAGUCACAUCAAGUGGAACUGGAAUUACUUUGGGAUUCACUGCUGUACUAGAUGCAGAAAUAAGCGAAUAUUACUGCUCCUCGACUAAUGGACCUGGUUUUAAGGUUUUUUUUCACAAUCCCGUUGAGAUGCCCAUGGUGAAGGAGGCUGGCCUGAUCACAGCCAUCGGCUACGAGACCAAUUACCGCAUCGAGAUGAUUCGAGCCGAGGCAGUUCCGGCCAUUCGUUCGAUAUCCCGCGAUGGAAGGCAGUGCCUGUUUAAGAACGAGAAGGAGUUGACCUUCUACAGGAUCUACACGCGGCUCAACUGCGAGAACGAGUGCCUGGCCGCCUAUCUGUAUGAGACCUGUUCCUGCAUCCCGUUCGAGUAUCCGCGGAUCUACAGCAACGCCACCACUUGCCGCAUGCGGGACACCUUAUGCGUGAGGCGGGCCCAAAGGACGGCCCUCCGGACGGGUUGGCUUAAGUGCCGCCAACAGUGCCUGCCCAGCUGCUUCGAUCUGAGCUACUUGGCCAGUGGCUUCGCCUUCCCACUGGCCUCUAACAACUUCCAGCUGGCCAACGCGCUGGUGGAGAGCAUGAACAAGUCCUAUCUGAGCGAGAAUAUAGCCGUGAUUAAUGUGUAUUUUCGGGAGUCUGUCUACUAUGGAAACACCAAGAAUGCCUAUGUGGGAUUGACCGAAUUUCUAUCCAAUGUCGGUGGUGUAAUGGGUUUGUUUAUGGGUUUCAGCGUCAUCUCUUUAGCGGAGAUCCUAUAUUUUCUGAUCUUAAAACCGCUGGCAGAGCUCUUCGUUUGGAAAACGUCUUCUUGUGUGGACUCAAAAAGUAUCCUUAAACAUAAUGCCUUCGAGAAGGAACAAUCCUCUUCUUUAGAUAACCAAAUUGUUUGGCAUACUAGGGAACUAUACCCCAAGGGAGUCACAUUGAUAGCAACCGAAAGGGCCGAUGCUAAGGCUAUCAAACAGCGUCACUAUGCCGUGUCGCCGGCGACCGAGAAGCUAAUGUAUGAUGAGCUGGAUCGAAUGAUUGCACUUGGAGUGAUUCAAGAAUCCAAUAGCUCAUGGUCGUGA